UCCCUGAAUCAAGAGCCCACAUGUCUCUUUGAGAGGGAGGUUUGGCACAACCAGCACCAGCAGUUCAAUGAUGCUUGUCCUUCCCAUCAGAUAGAGACCAUCGGCGAUGCCUACAUGGUGGUGAGCGGCCUGCCGGAGAGGAAUGGCGAGAAGCAUGCUGAUGAGAUUGCCAAAAUGUCUCUGGACCUGGUGGCUGCGGUCCGACAGGUCCUGAUUCCCCACAUGCCAAGGGGCAGGCUGCAGCUGCGGGCUGGGAUCCACACAGGCCCCUGCGUAGCUGGCGUUGUUGGGUACAAAAUGCCCCGUUAUUGCCUCUUUGGGGACACGGUGAACACAGCUUCUCGCAUGGAGUCCACCAGCCUGCCUCAGAAGAUACACAUCAGCUCCGCUACCUAUCGAGCUCUGCUUAUGGACGAUGCCUAUGAAAUUGAGCCGAGAGGGGAAAUCGAAAUCAAGGGCAAAGGCAAAAUGAAAACCUACUGGCUCCUUGGGAACAAGAACUACAGCGUCCAAAAUGACAGCCUGGUCUGUCACUGGAAUCCAGCCAUCUCCAGGAAAAAGAAGAUGGAGAACAGUCUGAUGUCUGUCCAACAAUCGAGUACAGGUUCCGUGGGUGCAAUGCUGAGCGAGAGAAGCACCUUAGCAUCUCAGGAUGGGACGGGCUCAGCCAGCCAGACCAGAGUAAACUCUGACUUGGCUUGGACAGCUGGGAGUUCUAUCAGCGACGCAGGCCUGGAGCCGAAGAAUGGGUCUCAUCACAGCUACCUACAGAGCCUCAAGAGUAACAUUGUUCCACUGGGCUCUCCAGUGUCUGGGCAAGGGGACAACGAUGCCAGUCUGGACCAAGGGAAGUAUCUCGGAGACUAUAGGAGUGGAUUGCUGGGAAAAAAUGGGUUUCUCCCAGGGUUUGUGGAUGGGAAGUGACAGGAUGGGAUGUGACCCAUGAUGAGGGAAUGGACUUUCCCCGGGUACCGUCAUUUGCUAUUAAAGUACCGCAUCUUUUGUAUUUAGCAAUAAUUCUGGCUUCCGAUUAACAAGGGAAGCCAGCCAGCGCUAGGAUCUAAAACUGGAGUAGAAAUAGGGAAAAAGUGUUUUUUUCUCUAACCCAGGAGACAUUGUGAUGCUACAGCUGGGACCCCCACACCAACCAGGGUGAGAGAGAGAGAGAGAGAGAUCAGGUCAGAUUCUGCUCUGUUACUCCAGAUUUAUACCAGUGUAACUCCUUUCACUUCAGUCAUGUUAUUCUGGUGUUAUUGCAGUGUAACAAAGCAGAAUAUAUCCCUAGGAGUCCAGAAACUUGGCUAACAGAAUUCGGAGCAAACAACCUAUGGAGAAGAGGGUGCAUGUAAAGCCAGCAUGUGCCGUGUGUCAGGGAAUAUGGAAAUAUGCCUCUUUAAUUCCAGUGUCUUUCUGGGCCAGGUCUAUGUGAGACGAAUGGUGUGUGAAGGGUGCUUAACUCUCCUUUUCUCUAACUCCCUGCAGCAGUCCAUCUUCCCCGCUCUCCCCCAGAGCAGAGGAAAUACCCACCCCACCUGGCCUCUCCCAAAUCUCUGUCUAGGCCUUGGAGGAGUCCAUUUAUAACUGAGCAGCGAGAUGAGGCUGCAGCUCAGUUUACAUUGCGAGGGGAGGCUAGGGCCCUUUGAGAGUUUAGCUUGUUUUUUUUCCUCAGUUGGAUUUACACACCACAUUACCGAUGAGCAAGUGGCAGCAAUUUUCUCUCCAGCAUCUGAUCCAGAGAAAACAGGGUGUGCUAAGCCAUCAGCCGCUCCCUGACUGUGGCAGCCAUUAGGCACCCUCCCCCUCCCCCCCGCACACCUAUCUCAGCCACAGUUCUUUUAAAGAAUCACAAUGAACAGGAGGUCAGGCAACUACUGUAGAAAAGGGAAUCAGCAGUUCAGGGCUCACUGCAGGGAGGCAGGACAGGAAGUCAAGGCCCCAGGGUGGUCUCAGGAGCAGAAGUCUUCUGUUUGGGUGGCAGGCACAAUUGGGAAGCUGCAACCUGUCUUCAUUUCUCUAUUGUCAGAAUAUAUGUUGUUUCAUGCACCUCAGAUCCAUUUGGUCUGUGUAGUCUUCUGCAAGGCCAUCCCAGUUCCCUGGUUACUAAUGGGGACUGUGAAACAUCAAAGGGAUGCUGCUGAGGUUCUCUCUUCACAGGCUGAAAGCCUGCAUCAGUCCCAUCAAUCAACCCGACAAGGAGCAGGGAGCACAUGUGUGUCAAGCUACGGAAAGUCUCCUAAAUCACUGAGUGAGGUGCCGUGGUACAUGGGUGCACUGCAUGGAGACUGCAAGGAUGGAAUCCUUCCACCAGGCUUCAGCCAGCGCUCCGCAGAUGUGAUGCGGGUUAAGCAGGAGAGGGGGAAAGCAGCAGACGCUGCUGAAAAGCCACCACUUUCAAGCCAGAGCAAGCAAAUGCCACAGGUGCAAAAGAAGCAGCCGUAAAAGGAGAGGGAGAGAGGCAGCUGGUUAUGCAGGGCAGCAGGAGCUGGAAGAGCACUUUGCUGUCUGUGAUUGUUAUGAAAAUCCUGGAUCGAGAUCAGAAACAAGUUAUUUGCAUGGAAAAGGAGCCUGUUCAGAUCCUCCCCGGCUUCGGUGAGGAAAAUUGCAGAAAAUGGCCCCGUCUCCAUGAUGACAGGCAGCAAUUAGUGUCAUUAGUGCACCCAGCUUUGGUUCAGCUCUGAACCAGCCCAGCCAGGGUCUGCUUCUGCCACAGACAGGAAGGACCAAUGUGGAUCCUCUUUCUAUGCACUGGGUCUGUGCUGCUCCACAAUUAGCAGCGUGGUGAAAGGAUAGUUGGGCUCCAGGUGAUUUGGGGGGAGGGGGCUGUGCUUGAAACGCAGCAAGGCCGGCGCUAGGUGAGGCUUGGAGCUCUGUUCCAGCGGGUUGGGUCCUCUGCUGAGACUGACUCUUAGUAGGGCAGGCUCUUGUCUGGGCAAGCCGGGACCUGAGCUUGGUUGGAAUGACAUCUUUUGCCUGCGUUAUGCCUCGGCAGUAGCUGGACCCAUGACUAUGCCAUGGCUGUCUGGGCUGGAAAAAAAUCUGUGGUUGGAAUUAGAGACACGAAGGGGUGAAAGGCACAGACAGACCUCUCCCCUUGUCUCUGAGCAUGUCUGCCUCCUGGAUGGAUGCCGAGUUUUAGGUAAGGCCCCUGACAGUGACAAACAUUGUUUGGAACUGGGCUCCAAAUUUCUGUGGCUGCAAUCAGCACUGUAAAUCCAAAGAUGAACGCAAGGCUCCUGCUGUCUCCUACAAGAGCGGCAUUAAAUAAAAUAUUGACGAUUUUCUAUCUUUCAUGAAACGGCAUGCUGGGGUCUCAGGACUCUGGUUUUUCAGCAGUGGGAGAUCUUGCAUCAGCUGGUGUGGCUGUGCCAUUAAAUCAGAGGGGGGGAAGCAUAUGAUUUCUAAAGAAGGACCUCGGUUAUUCAUGGUGGGGAAUCCACUAUGCAUUUGCACAGACACUAAUGUCCAUUUACCUGCAUUUGCAUUCUCCUGUCUUCUGAGAGGCACACUAAUGUCAAAUGGCACUCGGAUUCAUAUCAGUCUUUAUGGUCACACAAAGUCGACUUGCUAAUAAAGCUUAGCACUUCUCAGACUUCUCUGCCUACAUAACUAAGUAAUCCUCACAACCUACCUCUGAGUUAGGGAUGUCUCUGUUCCAAUUUUGCAGGGAGAGUCUUUUUGUUGUUCGCUUGUACCAUGCAAAGCACACUGAGGGCCCUGAUCGAGGUCCCUAGGCAAUACAAAUAAUACUACUAGUAUUGAUGGGGAAAACAGAGGCAGAGAAAGAUUAAGUGAUUUGCCCAGGUCUACAUAGUAAACCAAUGUCAGAGCUGGGAUUAGAAAUUGGGAGCUCUUCCCUCCUAGCCCUAAGCUCAGACCACUAGCCCUCACCCCUCUCUUUAACAGGAUAGUGAGUGGAAAAACAGCAGAGCUUUAAACUCCAUGAGAGUCGUGUGUCCUUAACUGGGUUUUGCUUAGCCAGCCAUGGUAGAACAUGUAAAAAAACCCCAGUGGAUCUGGGAUCUCUCUUCUCCAAACUCCAUAGAUGGGGAUAUUUGGCUAGGAUGAGUCUAAUUGGUUACUGGAUUUCAAGCCAGACAGACAUCUGGAAGAGCAUUUACCACCUGACCAACUAAGUCAAUCUUGACAACAUAGAAGAGUUACCAUGUGAUGUUCAGCUCUGGCGUUGUGUGUUUAAGGAACAUGGGUGUGCUUGUCUAUGCACAGCCUCCUCCAUCCCUUCAACCUACAUCUACAUGGCCUGUCAACCCAGAGAUUCACAUCUCAACUCCUUGAGGCCAGGCCGGCCAGCUCUGCCCGCCCCCGCACUGCUGCCAUUGCUGAAAACUCUGGAAGGCAGGACCCAGAGCAGACACUGUCCUGGCUGGAGGGAAAUACUGAGACCCUCUCAACACAGCAGCAUGUGGAACCUCUGCAUUUGCUCCAGGGCUCCAGCCUUUAAGCCCGCUUGUCCUGAUGCUAAUUCUCCUGUGCCAGCAGGUUCCUAACAGGUUUGGGGGUCUCAUGCAGCUGUGUCACAGAGUGCCCAGGAGAUGUCACUAAAGGCUUGGCUGAGGUGCCCCAGCCUUGUUUGUGUGAUCAGCGCUAAUCAUCCAGCAAAGCAGGGGAGGUGGCCCAGUGAGGGUGAUUUCAGUGCACUUUGCUGUCAGCCACACUUCUUCUGUUGCCAGCUGCUGAAAGUAAAAGGGGAAGAGAGGGGCUGCCUUAGAGCAUGAAUCCCCUUAGCAAGGAGAGAGACCAAAAUUCUCUGCUCCCAUGUUCACUCCAUGCGUUCAAAUCCAGGAGUCAAGCCCCAGAAAAUCAUGAACUGGUUUAAAAAAAAAUAUUUUUCAAAUUAGUACAUUUUAGGGUUCCUUUUAUUUGUCCUCUGUGUUUUCCAGCAUUUAGGGGUCAAGUUUCUCUGCAAGCACAAGGGCUAGAAUUGUACUUUAAAAAAAAAAAAGAAAAGAAGAAGAACCAGAGAUUCCCACAGAAUCACAUGACUCGAGGAGCUGAGGCUUAUAAGAGAAACAUCAACUACCUUGAAACUCACGGUGCAAUCACGAGAGCUGGCAAUGCUGCCGUGAAGUUCUGUGGAAUAACCUAACCAGCACCACGGCCCCCACCCUGCCCGAUGCUGCUGUAAACCAUUUCCAUUUAAAUAUCACUGGGAUUCAUUUAUCAGACCUUUAGGGAGUCACUGAGCCAAUGGAAGCUGGCAUGGGGGGUGGGGGGGGUCGCAGAACAGAGCAGAAUUUGUCCUGCUGUUUUACCUUCAGCAUUUUCUCCCCCCUCAUCUUCCCUCUGUCCCAGUCUCUCCUCUCCAUCUCCUUUACCUGUCCUUGGCCCUCUCCCUUCCAUCUCUUCCCACAACCCAAAAGGGGUGGGAGGCUACAUCACAUGUACUCCUAACUGUCUCUGUGUAGCUGGUUAGCAUUUUGGAUGGUUAAAACCAGCAUGUAGUGGCAGGUGGCACCCUUGAAAUGAGGUCCUGAGACAAGCCUCCAGCUUCAUAAAAAUGACAAUGGGAAUACCAGCACAGAUCAAAAACAUUUCCACCUCCCGCUUACAACAGGCAAAGUUCCCA